AUACCAUCGUAGUCGCUCGAAACCCCUACAUCUCUCUACUCUCUCUCUCAUGGAUCUCCGCAUCCUCGACCUCUCCCGAACCCAACGCAUCGUCCUCCUCAUCGACCUCCACCCCCUCCUCAUCUCUCCCCAAAACCCUAACCCUAGCUCCUAUCUCUCCACCGUUCUCUCCGCCGCACGGACCAUCCUCUCCUUGCCGACCCUCGCCUCCUCCCUCUCCGCCUUCAAGCUCUUCUUCUCCUCCCUCUCCCCCGUCCUCUCCACCUCCACCGUCCACCGCCUCCUCGGCAAGUCCCCCACCUUCCUCUCCUUCGAUCGCCACCCCCAAACCCUAAUCUCCCUCUCCCGAGCCCUCGGUUCCCUCUCCCUCGCACCCGAUCUCGCCGGCUCUAACGUCGCCGGCUCGCCGAAGGUGUCUCUGCUCGCCAAGUCGCUCCUCCAACUCGAGCACGAGUACGGAUGGGAGAUCCACUCUGAGAACCUGAGAGGUACGCCGGAAUUGCUGCGAUUUCGGUCCAAUUUGGUCAUUUUGUUCUCUCCGAUCUCCCAAGAUCGGAGCUUUUUGUCACAGUACGUUGAAUUGGAAGAUGAUGGUGAUAAAGUAGUGAGUUUUGAUUCUUUCUCGAAGCGAUUUGUUCAAUUAUUUAGUCCCGUGAAGAGAAGGCUUGUCGCAUGGGAUAUCCAUCUCAGUUGGAUUGAUGUUAAUUUUGGUCAAGAGAACAAAGAAGGGGUUUUUGGGUCAGGGUGGCUCGAAAAGGGUAUUAGGGAGUUUGGUUGGAGUUCUUAUGCGACGGAUGCGAUCGCCUUGGGUUCUGUACUUGUUCCAUUUGCUUUGAUCUAUCCGUACCUUGGUUGCUCAAUGGGGUACGCCACAGGCGAGAAUAGCAAGAGAGGUAGCGUAGAGCUAAUUUUGGGGAUUGCCGAUGUCAGUGAGAAGCCAUUAGAGUGCAAAAGCUGCGAACUCGAAGUGCUUGAUCUAAUGCUGCUGAGAGAAAGAUCGGUAAUAAGUUGCCCUCCUCUGAAAGGUUCUGUCAGCGAAAUUACACAGAUCCAUGUUAGAGAAGUUUGGAGGAAAGAGGUAGGAGAAAUUACCACAAGCAACUCAUCUGCUAUAGCUUUGCUUCAUGGGUUUUCAGGGGAAUGUGAGAAUAAAGUUGGAAAAGAUGAUCGGAAAGAGUCAUUUGUUGAUAGGGUUCUUCAAUUACUUUGUUUGGAGAAAGGCGAGUUUUUGCAAGGCAAGCCUAUCUGGCAGCUAUUUCUCGCCUUCCUAUACGAGAGAAGCUACUGUGCUGUAGCUUCUAUCCUAGAUAGUGACGGAAACUCUGUUGGUGGUAUUCUUAUGCCUUUUACAAUUAACCAUGCAUUGCUUCAUAUUCUAGAUAAGAACCCGGUUGAUUUAUGCCCAUUAGUUGUUCGAACAAACAAUUGUUUGCCAGAAACCCAAGAUAUUUAUACAUGUGAUGCAUCAAAAGAUAAGGAUGCUAGAAGAAAAAGAAGUAAGGUUCGAGAUAAGCUACUUCAGAGUACCAGUUGGAGCUCUUUUUGUGAAGUAUUGUUUUGCAAUGCUGAUGACAUAGUUCCAGGGGCAGAUUUGGUUGAACUGUACUUAAGUAAAGAUUCUAGUAAAUCGAAAAAGUUGCGCUUUUUAAAAUGCUGGAUGAGGCAAGCUAGAAGAUCUUUUUCGAGUAUUUGCCCAACUAAGCAAAUAGAAGGAGAGAAGCAUUUAAGUGUUGAAGAUGAAACAGGGAUUAUCGCUCCUCUUGAAGAGGCUGAAGCUAACAUUAACUUUUCUUCCCAAGGCGAGUCAAAUGAUAGUGUACAAAUGAAGGACGAAGCUUCACCUAUAUUUCCAAUGGAGGAUACAGAAGUUUUUCUUGGUAGUAUUCAACAGAAAAUUGAGCAGGGUCUGCUUUCAGAAGAAGCUGAUCUUAGGAUUUUAGCCGAACGUUUAGUUGCUAUGUCUAUAGAUGCUUUAUACAGAAAGUUUGGGAGGAACAGGACAAAGGAUUUUGAGUUCAAGGAAGCAGAAACUGCUUCUGAUGCAAAGGUUGCUUCUGAAGUCUCUCUUCUGCUUCUGAAGAAACCUAAGGAUCUGAUUUUAAAGUACAAAGAGAUCAAUUCAGCUUCAACUGCAACAACUCCGAUUACACGAAAUAUUACCACAGAUGACAAAAUUAGAGAGCAUGAAUUACAAAUCCUGUUUAGGAUGGAAAUACUUCGGUCUGGUGCUGGGGCAAGUAUUGAAGAAAAUGUGAAACAAAAGAUGAUCAAGGAGAUUUGCUCGCUUUUGCAGUUCAUCGAUAUCAAUCUGCAAGGGGACUCGUAUAACUCGGAGAAUGUUCUUGAAUUUGCUGAGAGGACCAUAAAAUCUAGGUACAACCAUUGUCUAAGUGAAGUCAUUCAGAAAAUCUAUACCCAGAUGGAGUUCGACCUAUUCGAUGAAGAAAUCGAACUCUCCGACUCUUUGCCUAUUAGCAACAGCGAAGAAUCCAAGAAAAGGGAAGAGAAUUCUACGCGUCAACAGGAAAAUUGUGUGAAGAGCCAUAAUACAUCAGGCGGCAGUAGUCAUCAACAGCUGUUAAUGAAAGCUCAAGAAAGAAGAAAUAGAGAUAGAAGGCUCUCGUCGUUCACGAGCUGGGUUCCGGACUUGCAUAGGGUUUGGGCUCUUAAACAGCCGAGGACGGAGAAACUACAUAAGGGCGAACUGCAAUCAAAGCCGUCAAAAAGGAGGAAAAGGCGGGUGGCGGCCAAUGAUAUGGUCUGCGAGACUCCAAAUCUGGGAACGAAAAAUGCACAGGACAGGGAGAAUGGUGCUUGUAAUGAGAUCAAAUCAUUUAGAUCUCUCUCCAAGGCUUUAUUUCACCAUGAAGGAAUAUGGAAGAUAAGGUUGAAGGAUUACUCUCCUUUUCUUCAUUGUUCAAAAAGAUGUUGUGCUUCGUCGUUGUCAUUAUUCUGCUGAUGA